AUGUCAGCUAUACCCAUAACUCCAACUAAGCGUAUUAGAAGAAAUCUAUUUGACGAUGGCCUAGCAACGCCUCCACGGCCUUUGAAGAGAAAGAAGCUCCAGUUCACAGAUGUCACGCCGGAAUCAUCUCCUGAAAAGUUACAGUUUGGGGCACAGUCUAUUUUCCUAAGGACGAAGGCGCUCUUACAGAAGUCUUCUGGGUUGGUCACGUUGAAUAGUAACGAUGGCGCAUUGCCAGCAAGAACCAUCGAGUAUGAGCAGGUAAUGGAUUUUUUGGUAAGAGCGAUUUCCGAACACAGGUCGGAUUCGCUGUACAUCACGGGUCCACCUGGUACUGGUAAGACAGCCCAGCUUGAUAUGAUUAUAAGAAGGAAGUUUCAAUCUCUUCCACUCUCACUAUCAAUGGCUAAAUCGAAUGUUGCGCAGAAACAUGCGAAUCCACAGCUGCAGAACUUGUCCUGGUUUGAAUUGCCUGAUGGCAGACUGGAGUCCGUGGCGGUGACCAGUAUAAAUUGUAUAUCAUUAAGUGAACCGUCUUCCAUUUUCCAGAAGAUUUUUGAUUCUUUCCAAGAUCUCAAUGGUGCCACUUUACAAGUAAAAAGCAUGCAACAUCUACAAAGGUUUUUGGAGCCUUAUCACAAGAAAACUACAUUUGUGGUUGUGUUGGACGAAAUGGAUAGGCUAUUGCAUGCCAACACAAAUGAAACGCAGUCGGUCAGAACUAUUCUUGAGUUGUUUCUUUUAGCGAAAUUGCCCAGUGUGAGUUUUGUGCUAAUAGGUAUGGCUAAUAGUCUGGACAUGAAGGAUAGAUUUCUUUCUAGAUUGAAUUUGAAUAGAGGAUUGCUACCACAAACUAUAGUGUUUCAACCUUACAACGCUGAGCAGAUGUAUGAAAUCGUCAUACAAAAAUUGAGCAGCCUACCGACCAUUAUCUUCCAACCAAUGGCGAUCAAGUUCGCGGCAAAGAAGUGUGCUGGUAAUACGGGUGACUUGAGAAAGCUUUUCGAUGUCUUGAGAGGAAGCAUCGAAAUCUAUGAGUUGGAAAACCGGUUGUUGUUUUCAUCAACAAUCAAACCAACGAAAUCCACACAAGUGCCUUUGACACCAACUACUUCUCCCGUCAAAAAAUUGCAUCCUCAACCACAAGGUAAUAUAGGUUUGAACUAUAUAGCCAAAGUCUUUUCGAAAUUCAUGAACCAUAACCCCACAAGAACGAGGAUAGCUAAAUUAAACAUCCAGCAAAAAUUAAUUCUUUGUACCAUAAUCCAAUCAUUAAAACUAAAUUCAGACGCUACAAUCGACGAAUCAUUUGAUCAUUAUAUCAAAGCGAUAACCAAAACAGACACUUUAGCCCCGUUGCAAAGAAAUGAAUUUUUAGAAAUUUGUACAAUUUUAGAAACUUGUGGACUGGUUUCGAUCAAAAAGACGAAAUGUAAAGGGAAGACUAAAAGGUUUGUUGAUAAGAUUGAUGUUGAUCUUGACAUGCGAGAAUUUUACGAAGAGAUGACAAAAAUUUCAAUUUUAAAACCUUUUCUUCAGUAA